AUGACUUCACGGCCACCCGUGACCGACCAGACUCGCUCAUGGUUUCAGGCCAUCGCCGUUGCAAAAGAUACUAAUGUCGACAUUGUCGCCGUCCCGCCGAUCGGUGCCCAUUAUAGAAAGACGUGGAUAGCACAUGGCGCAGAAUCAUCAUGGCUUGAGAUUGAACUACUACAGCAUAUGCCUCGAGCACGAGUUUUGCUGUAUAACUAUGGAGAACUCCAUGACGAUAAAAUCGACACCUUGGGCGAACGACUAUUGAACCAACUACGUAGUGAGCGGAAAAAUGAGCCAACUCGACGUCCCAUCUUUCUCAUCUGUCACAGCACUGGUGGUCUUGUUGUUAAAGCGGCUUUAGCCCUGGCAUCGCGAGAGCCGAGCCAAUCCAUGUUAACCAGUUUUCACGGCAUCGCCUUCUUUGCAACUCCCCACCAAGGCUCGACUUACCUCUCCGCCGAUGAGUAUGCUGCUAGUAUCCGCGAUCUCCUGCAUCUUAAACAUCAGACCCCGGCUGCACUCCGGAAGCAAUUUCGCCCACGUCAAGAACGGCUAUGGCAUCUGUCGAACCAGUUCAAGACUAUUUCAGCCGAUAUGAAGGUCUGGUCUUUCCUAGAAACUGUGGAUUCAACCAUGCAUGUGAUCGAUGCGGAGACGAAUAAAAUGUUGGAGUUCCAUGUUCCCAUUACUUCUAUUCGGUCGGGUUUGUUGGAUAUUGAGAAUGAAAAGGAACUGCCCAUGGCAACAGACCAUGCUGGGACAGCAACUUUCCACGGCCAGGAAUCCACACGAGAUCGAUUUCUAGAUGAACUUGGUAAUGCCGUUGACGCUGCCGUUGAAAUCUCAAAGCGCGAGGAUACGCCCUUGGGUGUAGAACAGCAGGUUACGGUUCAAAUUAACGGCUUCUUCGAGGAUACUGCACUUGGCGUCAGUGAUGAAAGUCCACUCAAGCUGUGGUCAACCAAGGUAUCCUUGGAAGAUUAUCUCUCUCGUGGUCCGUCGGCUUGCCUUCGGGAGAGACUAGGUCGAGUCCAGCCCAGUGGCUUGGAUGAUUCGUCAAUCAGCAGUUACGAUAGUCCUCACUCAUCCUAUAUUGCUUCUGGUUCCGAUCCUCAUGACCAUCAUCAUCAUCAUCACCACCACCACCACCACCACCACCACCAUCAUGAUGAUGAUGAGAAACCGAGGGCCCUGAGACCCCCUCUACCCUACAGGCGAAGUUUCGAUGAUCCAUCUAGUCCAUCUCCAAAGAUCCACAUCACCAAAGCAGAUAUGGACCUCGACUAUGUAGAAAACCCACCAACUGAAAGCCCGCCGCCGCCACCGGAGCAGAAACGAAAGCGCUCACUUACCAAGGCGCUAGGAUUCAUUUCACUACAGCGAUCCCACCGUCGGAGUACUUCCGACAGCAGCUCCCAGGGAAGUAUCGACCGGCCACCUUCAAGCGCGUCUACAUCGCAGCCUGCGCAAUCGCCUUUCUUAGCAAUACCGAAGUCCACCCGUGAUCGUAUCAGCCAGGACGCCGACGUACCGGAUAUACCGCGAGCAGUUCCACGUUUUGAUCGACCUGAGGCCGAUACCGAGAAACUGAUGUGGAUACAUGUGCCAUAUACGCAUACUGGUUGGGUAUCACAAGUCAUCCGCCGGGCAUGUCAGGAUAGUCAAGAGCCUAAUUUUGUUCGAAAAUUCAUCAAUGACGAAAAUUGGUACCACCGGCUUAACAGAGCUCGUCAUCUCGAGCCUCAUGCACGUUUCGUCAAGCCUGCAUGUCUUCACUCACGACAAACGGAUGUUCCACAGAGUCCUUCUGAUACUUCCGAGAACCCUCAACUUGCUCUAUAUGCUCCUUACCUGCACUGGGAUACAUACCGCAACCUAAUCCAACGGCGCAAAGUAGUCGAAGACCGACUCAAGCAAGGCCGAUCCAGGCCCGUCCCAGGCCGAAUCUCAAAAGCAAGCCUAGAAGCCCAACUGAUCUGGACCUACCUCGGCUGCGAGCCUCCAGUGCACUUCCGUCGCACAUUGGAUCAAUAUGGGUAUCCGAACUUGCGCUCGACUAUCGCUCGUGACGACGACCAGAUGCUCUGGAAACGCACUCGCAGACCGGCGCGCAUUGACGACCAGCUAAAAGAGUAUCUGCAGUCUGCGCAGGAUGAUCCUGAUAACGAGGAAAUCUUCGAGUUUAUGGAUGGGAAUGUCCUUAUGGUUGAUCAGCUCUGGCUUUGGAUUGUCGAUCAAAAGACUGUUGUCACUUUCUUUCCGAAUCAAGAGGCUAAUACCUCUGAGGGAAAGCUUUUUGAACAGUCUAACUUGCAUAGCAGUAUUUAUAAUGAGUUGAAUGGGGAUCUCUCGCGUCGCUUUGAUACGGCCGGCGACUUGGCUGCGCUCAUUAUGCUGCAUGCUGUCACUGUUCUCCUGGACAAGACUUUGCAUCAUGAUCUGCAGGUAUUGCGCAUCUUCGAGGAAUCAAUUAGCAUCUUGACCGAAUCCAUUACCAAGUCUUUCAAGCGCUUCCGAAAUAGAGGCUUCACCAAUCACCCGGCGGAUUAUGACCGCACCGCUGAUGGCAAGAUCAUGACAGCUGCCCAGCAAGACUAUAAGGAAUUCCAGGUUGCUCGACGAAACAGAGAAGAUCUCUCCGUUCUGCUUGAGCUGCGCGACAUCGAGGACGAGCUAUCUACUAUCCUAAAACUACUCGAUCAACAAGACACUGUUAUCAAAAGUAUGAUCAAAUACUUUGACAAUAGGGGUGGAUACGGGAAAUCAUUCCUCGAUAUAGCACAAGACCGGAUCGACGAAUAUCGUUCGCAAAUAAUUGAGAUGAAAGAAAGCAGCCAUCAAGCUCAGAAAGCUGUUGAAACCCUCCUCGAUCUCAAACAGAAACAGGCAAAUGUCGACGAAGCCAAAAUGACUCGAUGGCAAGCUGAAGUUGCUCAAACACAAUCACGAGCGGUGAUGGUCUUUACCAUAUUCAGUGUUGUCUUCCUCCCUCUAUCCUUCUUCACCUCCCUAUUUGGAAUAAAUGCCCGAGAAUGGAGCGGUGAACAGACGAACCCAACCCUCGGAGAAAUGUUCCAGAUAGCAGCCCCCGCCUCCUUCGCAAUAAUCUUCCUCUCGCUCUUCAUGGCCUUCAGCGAUACGCUACGGGAUAUCGUAUCGAAAACGCACAAGAUCGGCGCGGGCCUAUUGAAAGAAUUCAUCUUGCAUCCAGUUCAGACAUUCGUGCGGAAUACUGCUACGAGUAAGAUCUCUGCUCAUGUUGUGCCUGAGGACUCUGAGCUUAGAAAGCGAUUUGAUGAGUACCUUGGUUAUGGGAGGAGAAAUAUGCAGCGGGAUGAAGAUAUCUGGCAGCGGUGGCAGGAGGAUCGGAUUUCUAAGGGGAAAGGAGGUAAGAAGGGGAAGUAUAAGGUGGAGUCUAGGGUGGAUCGGAGAAGUCGUGGGGAGGUUUAG